AUGUAUAUUUAUGCCAAUGAGAAGCUGACUGAGUUUAUUGCAGCUGCAUCUAUGUCUUGGUUAUCCUGGCUCUUCACUCUGAGGCUGUGCUCAGCCCCAUUCUUGCUCCUUUUGGGGCUCGAAGGCAGUCAGCUGGGGCUCAGGGUGGGGUUGCAGGUGGCUCAGGCAGUGAGCUGUUCUCGGUGGGGAAAACCGGAUGACCAGGGUUUGUUCCAGGAUGGAGAUGUAGUUAUUGGUGGGCUUUUUAGUCUUUAUUACCAACCUCCAGCUAUAGACAACGGCUUCACUCAGCUGCCACACAACAAACCUUGCACUGGUUUGCAAAAUCUUCCAUUACAGUAUCUCUAUGCGAUGGUGUUUGCACUGGAGGAAAUCAAUCACAGUACAACCCUGCUGCCAGGUGUUAAGCUGGGCUACCACAUUCGUGACAGCUGUGCCCUACCCCUUUGGGCUAUGCAGGGAGCACUGUCGCUGGUUGGAGGAGACAGUGCCAGCUGUGAUCAGCCUGUUCCUGUGAUUAUUGGUGGUUCCUCCUCUAAAGCAGCCACGAUACUCUCCAGACUCCUGGGGCCUCUCUCUGUACCUUUAAUGAGCUACACCGCUAGCUGCCCCUGUCUGAGUGACAGGCGCCAGUAUCCUAACUUUUUCAGGACCAUGCCCAGUGAUAUUUACCAAGCCCGGGCCAUUGCACAGCUUGCCAUGCGCUUCAACUGGACCUGGAUUGGGGCAGUGGUAGCAAAUAAUGAUUAUGGCCAUAUGGCAAUAAAGGUAUUUCAGAAAGAGACUCAGGGGAAAGGGGUGUGUCUGGCAUUCAUAGAGACUCUCCAAAGGGAAAACAUUGUGAGUGAUGCCAGACGAGCAGCACUCACAAUUCAGGCCUCAACUGCGAGGGUGAUUCUGAUCUUUACCUGGUACACAGAUGUGAGGGAACUGUUCCUGCAACUCGCCAAGAUAAAUGUGACUGACAGACAGUUUCUUGCCAGUGAGGCUUGGAGCACUAGUAGUGAUCUUCUCCAAAAUCCGGUCACUUCUAAAGUGGCAAGUGGUGUUCUUGGUGUGGCCAUUAGAAGUUCAUCUAUACCUGGAUUUGAAAAUUAUAUCAGAAGUUUGAACCCAUCUCGUCGUCCUGAUGAUGAGUUCUUAAGAGAAUUCUGGGAAAACAUGUUUGGUUGCAGUCCUGGGGCCACACCACCACCUCAGGCACACAGGUUGCCUCUCUGCAGUGGCACAGAGUCACUGGAGGGAGUUCAGAAUCACUUCACUGACACCUCCCAGCUGCGGGUGACAUAUAAUGUCUACCUUGCUGUUUAUGCUACAGCCCACGCCCUUCACAGUCUUCUGUCCUGCCCUGACAGAGACAGUUCUUCCAGAAACAACAGCUCCACUUGCUCCUCUCCAAAACAUAUCAAACCCAUAGAGCUGAUGCAGCACUUGAGCAACGUGAAUUUCACCACACCACAGGGUGAAAUGUUUUACUUCCAAGGAGGUGACACUCAAGCAAAGUAUGAUCUUGUCAACUGGCAGACCACCCCAGAGGGUUCACAAAAACUUGUUUUGAUUGGUCGUGUGGAUGGGUUUGACCUCCACCUCAGCGAGUCAGCUAUUCAGUGGAGCACAGGAUCCAAUCAGGUGCCUACUUCAGUGUGCAGUGAGAGCUGCCCCCCAGGCACCCGUAAGGCCAAUAGGAAAGGAGAACCUCUCUGCUGCUUUGACUGUAUCCCAUGUGCUGAAGGGGAGAUAAGCAAUACAACUGGUUCUCUUAACUGUGAGCGCUGUCCAUCUGAGUUCUGGUCCAAUGUUGAUCAAACUGCCUGCAUCCCUCGCCAGCUGGACUUCCUUUCCUUUAAUGAGACUUUGGGCAUUACUCUGACUGCAGUAGCUGUGUCUGGUGCUGCGGUGACAACAGCUGUGUUUGUGGUGUUUCUUUCUUACCGUCAAACACCCAUGGUUCGAGCCAACAAUUCAGAACUGAGCUUCCUGCUUCUCCUGUCGCUGAAGCUCUGCUUCCUGUGCUCACUGGUGUUCAUUGGUCGUCCAUCAGUCUGGGCUUGUCGGUUCCAGCAGGCAGCUUUUGGGAUCAGCUUUGUACUUUGUGUCUCCUGCCUCCAAGUGAAGACUAUAGUUGUUUUAGCAGCCUUUCGCUCAGCUCGGCCUGGUGCUGAAGCUUUGAUGAAGUGGUUUGGCCCAGGCCAGCAGAGAGGAAGUGUCUGCGUCUUUACCUCUGUACAGGUUUUCAUCUGUAUUAUUUGGCUAUCACUCAGCCCCCCAGUGCCUCAAGCUGACUUGGAUAUCCCGGGGUUAAAGGUCACCCUGGAGUGUGCCAUGGCCUCUGUGGUGGGCUUCUCUCUGGUUCUGGGUUACAUUGGUCUGCUGGCCUGCACCAGUCUCCUCCUGGCCUUUCUUGCUCGGAAACUCCCUGACAACUUCAAUGAGGCCAAACUGAUCACCUUCAGCAUGCUGAUAUUCUGUGUUGUCUGGAUAGCCUUUGUCCCUGCUUACGUUAGCUCUCCUGGAAAGUAUACAGUUGCUGUGGAGAUUUUUGCGAUCCUGGCCUCCAGCUAUGGUUUACUUUUCUGCAUAUUUGCUCCAAAGUGUUUCAUCAUUCUUUUAAGGCCAGAGAAAAAUACUAGGAAACACCUGAUGGCCAGGUAG